GGCUGGGUAUUAAAAGCGAAAGUACUUCAAUACAAAUAGUGCAAAGACAAAAGCGGCUCGCCCAUGACUACUUUGAUAUGCCUUGUGACCUUAGGACAGCCUCUCGUUUCCACUGGACCUACUGUACCCUCUGAAAAGUAGGGUACCUGAGUUGGCACUUGGCCCUCUUGGUUAAGUGUUUACAACAAGGUGGAAGGAGCAGCAGUUUGAAGUCUUGUUUUUCUCUUUCUCGGUGCCUUUUGUUGGCGUCCUGUAGCUGAGCACUGACAGCUUUUCUCUGAGAGCCAGAUUCCAGAGAAGGCCCAGCUGGGCAGAGUGUUGCUGUAGGACGAAUACCUUUCUCUUGUGGCCAGGCUCAUUAUCCAUUUUCGAGACAUUCAUAACAAGAAAUCUCAAGCUUCUGUCAGUGACCCUAUGAAUGCACUACAGAGCCUGACUGGCGGACCUGCUGCAGGAGCAGCCGGAAUUGGCAUGCCUUCUCGGGGCCCAGGACAGUCCCUAGGUGGGAUGGGAGGCCUUGGUGCCAUGGGGCAGCCAAUGCCCCUCUCUGGGCAGCCACCCCCCGGCACCUCAGGGAUGGCCCCCCAUGGCAUGGCUGUUGUGUCCACGGCAACUCCACAGACCCAGCUGCAGCUCCAGCAGGUGGCGUUGCAGCAGCAGCAGCAGCAGCAGCAGCAGUUCCAGCAGCAGCAGGCGGCAUUACAGCAGCAGCAGCAGCAGCAACAGCAACAGUUCCAGGCUCAGCAGAAUGCCAUGCAACAGCAGUUCCAGGCAGUGGUUCAGCAGCAGCAGCAGCAGCUCCAGCAGCAGCAGCAGCAACAGCAGCACCUGAUUAAAUUGCAUCAUCAAAACCAGCAACAGAUACAGCAGCAACAGCAGCUACAGAGGAUGGCACAGUUGCAGCUACAGCAGCAGCAACAGCAACAGGCUUUGCAGGCCCAGCCGCCAAUACAGCAGCCACCAAUGCAGCAGCCACAGCCUCCCCCUAACCAGGCCCUACCCCAGCAGCUGCAGCAGAUGCAUCACCCACAGCACCAUCAGCCCCAGCCUCAGCCCCAGCAGCCACCAGUUGCUCAGAACCAACCAUCACAGCUCCCGCCACAGUCACAGACCCAGCCUUUGGUGUCACAGGCUCCAGCCCUCCCUGGACAGAUGCUGUACACCCAACCACAGCUGAAACUUGUCCGAGCUCCGAUGGUGGUGCAGCAGCCCCAGGUGCAGACCCAGGUGCAGCAGCAGCCAGCGCCGACAGCUCAGGCCCCCCAGAUAGUGGGUUCUGGAGUCCAGAUGAUUGCCGCAGCCUUGGCCCAAGGCGGGAUGCAAGUAAGAGCCCGGUUCCCACCCACCACCGCUGUGUCUGCCGUCCAGUCAAGCUCCAUCCCUUUGGGCGGACAGCCCUCAGCACAGGUCAGCCAGAACAGCCUCACCAUGCUGUCCUCGCCGUCGCCGGGCCAGCAGGUGCAGACCCCGCAGUCGAUGCCCCCUCCCCCACAGCCGUCCCCGCAGCCCGGCCAGCCCAGCUCGCAGCCCAACUCCAACGUCAGCUCCGGCCCUGCCCCAUCCCCUAGUAGCUUCCUGCCCAGCCCCUCACCACAGCCCUCCCAGAGUCCAGUGACGGCGCGCACCCCGCAGAACUUCAGUGUACCCUCCCCGGGACCUUUAAACACCCCUGUGAACCCCAGCUCAGUCAUGAGCCCAGCAGGCUCCAGCCAGGCCGAGGAGCAGCAGUACCUGGACAAGCUGAAGCAGCUGUCCAAGUACAUCGAGCCCCUACGCCGUAUGAUCAACAAGAUCGACAAAAAUGAAGACAGAAAAAAGGACCUGAGUAAGAUGAAGAGCCUUCUGGACAUCCUGACUGACCCUUCCAAGCGGUGCCCCCUGAAAACUCUGCAGAAGUGUGAGAUUGCUUUAGAGAAACUCAAGAAUGACAUGGCGGUGCCCACGCCCCCACCACCCCCGGUACCUACAACCAAACAGCAGUACCUGUGCCAGCCGCUCCUGGAUGCCGUCCUGGCCAACAUCCGCUCGCCUGUCUUCAACCAUUCCCUGUACCGCACAUUUGUGCCAGCCAUGACGGCCAUCCACGGCCCACCCAUCACGGCGCCAGUGGUGUGCUCCCGGAAGCGUAAGUUUGAAGAGGAUGAGCGGCAGAGCAUCCCCAAUGUGCUCCAGGGGGAGGUGGCCAGAUUAGACCCCAAGUUUCUGGUGAACUUGGACCCUUCUCACUGCAGUAACAACGGCACUGUCCACCUGAUAUGCAAGCUAGAUGACAAGGAUCUCCCAAGCGUGCCACCACUGGAGCUCAGUGUGCCAGCCGAUUACCCCGCCCAGAGCCCGUUGUGGAUCGACCGGCAGUGGCAGUACGGUGGACGCCAACCCCUUCCUGCAGUCGGUGCACCGAUGCAUGACCUCGAGGCUGCUGCAGCUCCCCGACAAGCACUCAGUUACAGCCCUGCUCAACACCUGGGCGCAGAGCAUCCACCAGGCCUGCCUCUCAGCUGCGUAGCCACCACCACUGCUGCAUCUCAGGCUGCCAGCCCACCAGGGACCGCGGGGUCUGCUGGCAGCCUUGUCAGGGCCACAGAGAAUACGCACCUCGUGUCGGACCUUUCUAGGUGUUGGCUCCCUUAGAGAGUCUGGGCGUAGGUUAGCUUUCCUGCUUUUAUCUCUGCCUUGGGGACCUACCAAACAUUUCCCCACACUUGUACAGGACUGGGACAGGUGGCUACAGAGUUGGCUGCAUCAGUGGUGGGGGUAACGGACAUGCCCCCCAGGCCUGCACUCCUCGGGCUGCUGUCCCUUUGGCAUCUGCAGGGCCUGUGUCCUUCCACAGCAUUACAGGGAGAAGUCAGGGCCCUGUUACAGCCCCUUGUGUGUGUGCCAGAAAAAAUACUCCACCCAUUUCUGUAGGGGAACAUGGAAGACACAGGAAACCCUUAAAACACAGAAUUCUCUGCUCAUAGUGUGCCACUGUUGGCAUAUGGGGCAUGCCACAGGGAGGGUUCCGGAUCCAGGGGCACCGGCUGCAUCUCAGAGGGAAGUCUGGCCUGUGGGUGGUAGCAAGUCCCCACUACCAGCCAGACCUCAUACCUCACGGCAUUUUCCUUUCAAGCCCUGGGGGCCUGCUCAGCACUGGGGGGAUGCUGGGGAGCAGAGGAUUCUGGGGGAAUCCUGUCCCUGGCACCAUGUGCACUAGUUGGGCUUGCUCUUGGGUCAGGGUGCCAUCCUCUGGACCUGAUGUCCACAGAGCCACUCUAGAGAGUGAGGGCUCCCUGAUCGGGCAUCAGCCAGCCCUCUGGUGACAAGAGGUUCCCUCUUUUGUAUGUGCACUACUAUGUCAUCUGUGGUUCUUAUAAUAAAUUUAUUAUUCCUGUGUUUGUCAUGAACUUGUCACUCUCCCCACCCUGCUGCUGUGAGUCCAGGGCCCACUGUUCAUCACCUUGGUGAUGGCCAUGGACAUCCAGACCUUAGUUCACCCUCAUCUGACUGUUGAUGCCUCAUUCUGGUUCACCUCCAGGAUUUUGACAAAGUCCCUGUUCCCUAAAACUGCAAGAGGCAGAGAUUAGCACUGAGAAAAUGGCGAGUGGGACCAAGAAGACUGUCCUUUUGGGUGAGGUUCAGCACUAAAUUGACCACAUCCAUGAGAUACAAGAGGAAGCUACAGUUCUGGCAAUUGAGGAGUUGAUGUGAGGCCCUCAAGGGGUGGGGACUUUACAGGGUGGGGCCCCAGCACCCUACAGUGGGCCAUUCUCCUCUGGCCUUGACCAUGGCCCUCCACAGAGAACAGUGGGCUGGGCAGAGUGGCUCAUCGGCAGUCAGUGUGGACAUAGAUGUUGCUGAGGCAGGACAGUGUCUUGCCCCGAGGAGUGUCUGAUCAGGCAGGAGACCCAGAGUUCCCCUUCCUGGGCCAGAAAAGCCCCCUGCAUACAAGGGAGUGCACACUGUGCUUGAGCUUGUUGCCAGGAUGGUCACCAGGCUCCCCCCACCCCAACCCUCAUUAUAGGCUGCAGAGGUAGGGGCCUCCCAGGGAGGGACUAGACUCAGGACU